AUGUUAAAAAAUAUUCUCACAAUCUUCAUUACGAUCCUUGUAAUUCUUUUUGCUUAUUCUUACAAUUGGUUAUAUGAUACAUAUACUCUUCUUGGAUUUUCACGACCGUCUGUUAAGUCCUAUGACGGCGGAAAGUGCAGAAGGAUAGAAGAUGUUGAAGCGUGCGAAGAUAUUCAUAUUCAUCACCGAACCGGAUACGCUUUUAUGCCUUGUGGAAGCGAUUAUGAAAGAAUAAAUGGUUUUUUCCCACCAUUCGAAUCUUUUAACCUUUCUCACCACAUAAGAGAUACACCUCAAAUUUAUGAUAUCAAUAAUGAUAAAUUUAUCCCACUUGCUCUAAAAAAUUUUCCUCCUGAAGAAGACUUUGUAUCUCAUGGGCUCGGCAUUUAUGAAGACCCUGAAAAUGAAAAUAAAUUAUACAUGUUCUUCAUCAACCAUAAAAGGACCGGAAGCGUUGUUGAAAAAUUUGAGCAUAUUUUACAUACAAACGAAUUAAUUCAUCUAGAAACCAUUAAACAUGAAUUAAUCGUCAACCCAAAUGAUGUAGUUCCCGUUUCAAAACAUGAAUUUUAUUUCACUAAUGAUCAUCAUUAUAGACAAGGUCCUUUGAAGUCAUUUGAAAAGUAUACAUUUCGUCCAUGGUCAACUGUAGGAUUUCAUUCAUCAAUUACGAAUGAAACUAAGAUUGUCACUUAUGGAUUACGAUAUGCUAAUGGGAUUAACACAAACUGGGAUUAUUCUCUUAUUUACGUUGCUACAUCAUCUGGUGGUGAAGUACUUAUAUACGAAAGAAACAAAAAUAAUAAUGAACUCAGAUUAAAAGAGAGAAUAUUCACAGGAUAUUCGGUUGAUAAUAUUAGUAUUGACGAUAUAACUGGUGAACUUUAUGUUAGCACUGCUCCAAAAAUCUUAAUGUUAUAUUUUUACCACAAAGAUCGAACAUUUACUAAACCACCCUUUGGAGUAUUAAGAAUUAGUAAUAAUACCGACGAAGAUAAAUUUUACGGCGUAAAUUAUUCUAAAAAAGUGAUUUUGGAAGAUGAUGGAAAUUUGUAUAAUAUGGCAUCGGUUGCGGCUGUAGAUAGAAAAAGAAAUGUUUUGCUUAUUGGCUCUUUCCUUGCUAAGGGUAUUUUAAGAUGUGAUAGCUUAGAACCAUAA